AUGUCGACUUCAGGAGGUCCCACUCCACCCUUCACCACCCUGUCGGUCACCCACCCAGCCAAUCACAUCACUCCUGGUCUUGCGGUUGGAGGCAGUGCAGUUUCUGUACUACACCGUGAGACAGCUGGUCAGGACGCUCUCGCUUGUCCCACUGUCGAAGGAGCAUAUUACUCGAAUAUUCAGGUGUCUGGAGAGGAAGCUCAGCGAAAGCUUAAGAGACAGAAUGGAGAGGACCCAGCCCUGCCUCCAUUCUGCCCACUGUUUGCCAGCUUGGGAAACAUUCUGCAGUGUGACGUGCUGCUUGGCAUGCUGGGAGCUGUGCUGCAGUGGGCUAUGGAGCCCAGUGGAGGACACUGGUCUGAGUCCAUGCUGCAGAGGGUGCUGCACUUGAUAGGCAUGGCUCUGCUGGAGGAGCAGCAACAGCUAGAGAACAUUGGGGAUGACGAUGAAGUUACUUUCAACUUCACCCUCAAAAUCUCCCGUCCCGGUGAAGCCCCCGGCAACACUCUAAGCAUCCUGGCUCUGUUAGAGACCUUGCAGUGCGCGCCUCACUUGGAAGCGCACAAAGACAUGAUUCGCUGGAUCCUUAAAGACGCCUCAGCCUCUACAUCAGCAGAGCAUAGCCCCAGUUCAUGUGACGGUGCUCUGGUGAGUGUGGGACCUCGUUGUUGGCGUGCCAGAGGAGGAGAGAGGAGGCAAAUGGAGAUGUGUAUCCUGUGUCACAAAGCGCAGGAGAUCCUACCUGAUGGCACCGCCAUGGUGCUCGCUGCCUUUGUCCAACGCUCUACGGUCAUGUCCGAGAUCCGCAAAAGACCCCCUCACAAUCCAGAGAGCUAUGAUCCCCUCUUCAUGCACCCUGACCUGUCCUUUGGUACCCAUACCGGCAGCUGUGGCCACAUCAUGCACUCUCACUGCUGGCAGAGAUACUUUGAGACACUCCAGAGUCAGGAUGCGCAGUGGCUGCAUGAGCAAACCAGUUGCGAUGUAGUGAAUGGGGAGUACUUGUGUCCACUCUGUAAGUGUCGCAGUAACACUCAUUCCUCUCCUGCCCCUCACUGAGACAAGUGGAGUUGCUCUGAAUCCGGACCGCUUAAUAUUUUAACCAUUGCAUUGGCGAAUUAGUUGUAGUGGCUCUGUAACCAAUGCAAGCUUGCCUAUGAAAUGCCAUGGAAGGGUACAGAAUGACACUGUAACAGUGCAUACCCCAUUCCAUUAUUCCUCUUAUUUAUUUAUAUAUUUUAUAGCAAGGGAAUUGAUAUCAUCUGUAGCUGAAUUGCAUGUCUUGCCAUGUUGAGAUCAGAGUAUAGAGUUUCUGCUUAUGUAAGAUGGCUAAUCCACUGCUGUUGCAAGAUAUUUAGUCACACUGACUCAGUUUAUUACAGUAAAUUUGCCUGUUGUCCCAUUGAGGUGACAUUUUCUCUGGUUAAAUAGUAAAAUGCAUGCAUGUUUGUAGCUACAGCAAUAGUGAGCAGCCAGGUCUGGCUCAUUGGCUGAAUGCAAGGUUUAUAAGCAGAUCAGAGCCUUGCACUCUGCUCAUAAGAGAGCCAAGCCAACAAAUGCUGGUGAGACAGAGACUGUGGAGGACUCUCCUCCUCCUGAGAGUUUCAGGCUGGACCACACACCAGUCACCCCUUAUUCAAGCUCCAUAAGGGAGAUGCUGAUGACAUUUGGGACCG